CGCAUUGAUCCACUUCCUCUUCACGGCAUUCGAAGAAACUCCAGUCGACAAGGUACACCUCUACUGUUGUAGAUAAACAUGCCGCUGCUGAGGACCAUCGUGAGCCGUGCUGCUCCUGCCCUGCGUGGACCCAUCGUCACCCAGAGGGCUAAUCUCUACUCUCGACCGGCUAAGGAAAAUAUUGGCGCAGUUGAAACUGUCAUUGGACUUGGCAUGUUGUCCCUGGCCAUCCUGGGACCAUCUGGAUGGGUCCUGGCCCACUUGGAGGACUACAAGAAGAAACAAUAAAGUGGACAUUUUAACAGUCUCAUCAUACCUGGUUUGUCCAGCCUCCUGUCUUCAGUGACAUCCCGGGACCAUCGUCACCAUGUUCUUCCUUGGUGAAGAAUGUGAAACCAGUUUUACAGUUUUCUUCUACCUCUCCAACACUUCACUCCACAUCGCAGAUAGAAGCCAACGGAAUUCAUAGAAAAUUGUAUUGUACAUUUUCCCUCUUAAGGAGCAUGUUACAAGAUUAAAUUUUAAACACAACUA